UCCUAUAGGGGAGAGAAACGUCAUGGCUGUCUUACCCAUCUGCCAGCUGAAUUUUUCAUGGCGGCCAUCUUGGGGAGAUUUUGAGGCGCGCUGGGUUUGGUUUUGGUUGGAGUUCGCGUGGUUUGUUUGGCCGGCCGCCAUUUGCAGGCCCUUUGCUUCCCCGUGGUCCUUUGAAUGAUCCAUUCACAUCAAGUUUUUUUAACGACGGACAGAACAGGCCUAAGUACCAAGACUUAAAGUAAUCUUUUGACUGUCGUCUUGGUUUUUCUCACGAAGAUUUUCUGGCAAAUGUGACCCCACACAGAAGAAUGGGGUGGAAAAAAUGUGGCUUUCCCGGCUGUGCCACUCGUUGCGGGCAGGGUAAGAAAUUUACAAAGUUUCCCACAGAUGAAAAUCAGGCUAGUAAAUGGUUAGCUAUAUUGCCCCCUGAUUUUCGUGUCCGGCCCAACACUUACUUCUGUGAGGAUCAUUUUGAUAAUAGUCAGUAUGAAAAGGUCAGAGUUGAUGGUGAGAAACGGCUGAAGCAGUCAGCUGUCCCGAGUCUUAGAAAGCCACUGAGAGACCUUAAUUGUGGGGAUGCAGAGGCUGCACAGGCCCUCCUUUUGCUUCACGAAUCGAAUCAGGCUGCUGUGCCAGCAUCACAUCCACCUGUUGCUUCGCCUCCAGAUAUGUGGCAGACAAAGUACAUUAUUGAAGUGCCGAAGUCAGUUGUAGAGAAAUUGGGUUUACCACUCAACACAGCUAGUGACUUGGAACCGUCUAUGAUAGCGGCAGAACCUGUGACACCUGUGCGGAAUAAAAUGCCACAAUCAAGCCCUCCACUGUUCACUAGCACUCCUAUUGUUCCCACUCCUACUCUCCGUACUUGUGAUAUGUCUGGACCGUCUGGUACAAAUCAACAAAAUACCUCUGUGUUUAGUGAUUGUUCAUACAUACUUGAUGAAAAAACUGGUUCUCUCAUACCAUCAGAUGAGCUAGCCAGCAGUGACAGCAGUGAUAUUGCUGUUGUUGAACCAAGAAAGGCACAAACCAUGGCUAAAUUGGAUGAAAUGGCGGAUGCCUUAACUGCACAACGUGUUCAAUUGGAUCUUGCUAAUGAUGUAAUUGAUCAGCAACGCAGGCGGAUAGAAGAAUUAGAAAAUAAUGUUGAGCACUCAACGUACAAGAAGAAGUGGCAGGCUGCAAUAAGGGCCAAGGACCGUACUCAGUCAAAGUUAAGGAGGAAAUUUUGUUCCCCCUGGCUUUCAGAGAGACAAGUUCAGGCCCUACAGCGUACUUCCAACCGUGGCAUAGAGUGGCAGAUGCCAGAGAUAAGGGAGGGGCUUGUUCUCAAAAUGAAGUCCGGUACCAAAGGUUAUUCUGCCUGGGUUCACAAGUUUCCCCUUUUACCUGCUGUGCGAACCCUGCAGAAAGCGGUGCAGUUCAUUAAAUUCCAUGGCAAUGGUAUCCUGGAAGAUAUGUUCAACAUGCUUGAACAUAUGGUCCAAUCAUUACCUGACAUGGAAAACGACUGCACCAUUGUUCUUGAUGAAAUGGAAAUCACGCAAGGGCUGGUGUAUGAUGCUAGUACUCGCAAAACAAUUGGUUCGAGCACUCUCCCUGGGCAUGAAGGCCUUGCAAAGAAAGCUCUGGUUUUUGUUUUGGCAGGGGUUGCACGCAGGUGGAAAGUGACUGUUGCUGUAUUCUUCACCAACAAAAAGAGUGCUGAGGCUAAUUUGGAGCAAAACAAAACUGGUGAAGAAUACAGGAAAAUACUUGAUGAUGUCAUUUAUAGAGCAGAGUCAAUGGGUCUCAAACCUUGUGCUAUUGUGACUGACAUGGGGCCAGAUAACUUGGCCUUGUGGAAGUCCUAUGGUAUUGAUGGUACACGUUUCAAAGUAACAGCUGCUAUUGACAGUCCUACUAGAAAUGCGAAGAUUUCUGUCAUGCCUGACCCGAUUCACUUGAUGAAAGCUAUUAAAUCAUCUCUGGAGAAUAAUAAGGUUUUUGUCCUUCCACAGGAAGUUGUGAGAGAGUACAAGCUCAAAUCAAAUGUAGUGAAAUAUGAACACAUAGAAAACCUUUAUCAUUAUGAAAAAGGUCAUGAGUUGAAGAUAGCUUUCCGGUUGAAGGAUUGGAAUGUCUACUGUCGGAAGCAUUUCACUAAACUGAAUGUAGGGGCCACUCGAGCAGUGUUCAAUAAUUCCACUGGAGUUGGUCUCAAACACAUGGCUAAAGUUCACAACGACCCGAGCUAUUACACCACAGCCUGGUUUGUCGAGCAAAUGAAUGUUUUCUUUGAGUUGGUGACCUGCCGUUCUAGAGGGUUGGCCAUUUCCACUCGAAACCCUCAUGCAUUUGAAAAGGCACUGGGUUUGAUUGACCUGAUGGACCGUAUUUUCACUGGGUUGAGAAUAGGUCAGAAAGGUGAAUGGAAGCCGUGCCAGAGGGGUAUGAGGGUCCUCUGUGAAAGUUAUUGUCAACUCAUUACCUAUUUUUUGGAGGAACGCAAUUACUCUUUCCUAAUGCUGGGGAGGUUUACUAGUGAUUGCAUUGAGAAUAUAUUUUCUCUUGUGAGAUUUAGGCAAGCAGUCCCCAAUGCCCAGGCCUUCCUCCACUGUCUUAAGGUUGUCACUUUGGCUCAGAUCUCAGAGUCCAUCAAAGGCUCUAGUUACGAUUAUGAAGAGAGUGUGACCCUUAGUGACAAGUAUGAUUUUUUGGAGGAGGCAAGGGCAAGGUAUUUCGAAAGAGCUGAGCGUGAUUUCUUCAACUCCGUAGAUGAGCUUUCUCAAAAUCCUGUCAGGCAUAUGACCCCAGCUGACUUUGCUUCUAUGGAUGACACAGAGAAAUUGGUCCUAUAUGACAUGGCUGGAAGUACUAUGGCUGGCCUUCUCUCUUCAAGAAUGACAUUCUGUGACAAAUGUGUUGAAUCGGCAAGGCAUAAAGAUAGUAACCCUCAUCCCUGUUCAUCAGUUACAGAUAUGAAGGAAUUUACAUUUUUUAAGGAAAAAAAUGAUAAUUCUAAAAAAUUAUUUUAUGUGUCUGAUGACGUGUUUAGGGCUAUCUUAUGUGCUGAGACCACCUUCCGCAUGUACAGAGAAAGAACACUGAAAUUACAACAUACUGAUGUGUUGCAGUAUUUUGUUAGUAAUUUAAUGUAUGUGUGGAAUGGUUCUUCGUUGCACGACUGUCAUGGGUUGAAGAGAAGAAUUCUUGAGUAUUUUAUCCUUGGCCGCUUAAAGGAGCAUGCCAAAAGAAGCAGAGAGGAUAUUAAAAACGCCAAUGCUAACACUCAGACUGUUGAGCAAAUGGGGAGCAAAACCAAUGCAAUGAGAGAACUUGUAAGCAAAGUUGGUACAAAAGGUAAAGCUCUUGUAGCUUCAGUUAAAGGUGUAAAGAAUGCUAAAGUUAAAGAUGUAAAGAAUGCUGAAGUUAAAGCUGUGAAGAGUGCCUCAGUUCUUCCUGUUGCAGCCAAGGUGGGCAAUGACAGUGCUUUAGCUGAAGCUGUUGUAGCUUCAACUUCCACCUAGUUUAAGACUGAUUUUAUUGACUUGCUCUCAAUUUGCUUUUUCUCCAUUUUACUUUAUUUUACUUCUAAGACUGAUUUUAUUUAAUUGAUCUCGAGUUGCUAUUCCUAUAUGUUAC